AUGGCAGAAAAUAUAUACACAACAACUCAAGAGAAUAGUAAUUCUCCUCAAGUCUCCUCUACAUCACCUUAUAAUAAAAUAUUAUAUCAACAUAAUCAUAAUACAUUAUCUUUAAAUAAUAUCUCUCAAAAUAAUGAUAAUAAUGGGGAUGGAAAAGCAGAAACUCAAUUAUUAUCACAAAUAUAUCAUAUAAAUGAACAACUUAAUCAACUUAGCCAUUUUAGCAAUGCUUUUGCUUUAGAAAAUUAUAAUCCUAUUAAUGAAAGGACACCUUCACCAAUUUAUAUUGUACCUCCAAGUACUCCUACAUAUUUCAAAGAUGAAGGGUUUGAUUUUCAAUCUUCAACUUUAGGAGGAACUUCAAGGGAAUUACAAUUAAACAAUACAAUGAAUAACAUUAAUUAUACAAAUAUGUUACCAUUUAUGUCUACAGGUACAAUAAAUCUAACUUGGCCUAUACAAAAUCAAUAUGUUAAUAUUGCUUCAACAAUGAAUUUGGAAGAAAAUUCUUCAAAUUCUACAAUUAUAAAUAAUAACUUUGUUGAUAAUGGUGAUGAUAUGACUGGUAUAGAAGCUCAGAAAAAACAAAUUUUUAAUAACAAUAACAAUAAUAAUAAUCCUGGAAAUUUUCUCGUAAAUGAGUUUCAAAAUUUGAAACUUGAAUAA